AUGGCUCCUUAUCAGAUCCGCCAGUACCAGGAGAGGGACCACACACAGGUUGUGGACAUGUUCUCCAGGGGCAUGAUGGAGCACGUCCCUGCCUGCUUCCGCUACGUGCUGCUGCUGCCCAAGACCCUCCUGCUUUUAUUUGUGGUGCCUCUGACCAUAGUCCUGGUGUCUGGCUCCUGGCUGUUGGCUGUUUUAUGCAUCUUCUUUCUGCUCCUACUCCUGCGGCUCCUUGCCAGACAGCCUUUCAAGGAGUAUGUGGCCAUGAGUUUGCAGACAGACAUGGCUGACAUUACCAAGUCUUACCUGAAUGCACAUGGCUCCUUCUGGGUGGCUGAGUCUGGAGAGCAGGUGGUGGGCAUGGUGGGUUGUCUGCCAGUCAAGGAUCCUCCAUUAGGGGGGAAGCAGAUGCAGCUCUUCCACCUGUCUGUGUCCUCACAACAUCGAGGACAGGGGAUAGCGAAAGCACUGGUCAGAGCUGUCCUGCAGUUUGCACGGGACCAGGGCUACAGUGAUGUUGUCCUUGAGACCAGUGUCAUACAGCAAAGUGCUAUAACCCUCUACGAGGCCAUGGGAUUCCAAAGGACAGGAAAAUAUGCGGAGGUCAGCGUUGUCAAAUGGUUAAUUGUGUUUUCUGUAAUUCAUUUCAUGUAUUCUUUCCCUUCUGCUCAGAAACAUGAACUAUAAUCUUAUUUCUUACCAUAUAGAUCAGGUUCCAAUUACUGUACUGUAACAAAAUAAUAAAAGCAUAUUUUUCAUG